UUUCCUAAUGCCCGACGGCGCAAACGCGCGCGAGUCACGUUCGCACGCGCCGGCUCGUCCCUUUCGUCCAGCUUCGGUUGUGAGGUUAUGUUCGGCCAUAGUCCAACCGUAUAUUUACAUCGAGGGUAUACUUUAAUAUCGUCGAACGACGUUUAACGAUUCUUUAACGCCGCGCGUCGACCUCGACCGGUGUUUAAACGAUUCGCGAUCUGCGCGGCCGGUCGGCGCAGACACGUGGGCUGCGCGCGCAGACCGGCAUGCCGAUGCGAGUGCCGCGGCCAUUGGGAUGCGCGAACCUAGACCGGUGGUCGCCUACCUGGACAUAGUGAAGUUCCGCGGUCGUCCGCGAGGGUGCGGAUCGAAGUACCGGAAGUGUUCUUCCAUGUGACCUGUUCAGCCCUUGCGUCAAAGCGGUGGUUUUCCUUAAUAUCUUUAAUAACUCGAUAUAAAUUCCUACCGUUGCAAAAGAACCGUGCAACUUGUGCUCGCCCGAGGAUCAUUAAAUAUUGAUAUUCGAUGUUAAACGAGGGUGUUUAAAUCGGUAUUUUCGAGGAGGACAUUUAAAUCGACUAUAACGAUGAUACAGGAUAUUUCCAAUAUACAGGAAAUCCAUGAUUUUUAAAGAGGGAAUUGUGUUUACAAGAUGCACGUAAUACGUAAAAACAUCAUAAGUGAGAACUAAACUUCAUUCGAAAAGUGAAAACUACUCGUGCGCGUACAUACAAGGGGAAGUUGGGAGCCACGAGGCGUACGCCGAUUCUGAACGGCCGCCAUCUUGGCGCGGUGCGCGCGCAGCCUCCCCCACGCGCAGCCGGCGGCGCGCGCGACUCGCGGCGUCCCCGACCGUGGCGAGGAAAGCGCGACGGCGCGUCGACGCGAAGCGAGGCCGCAUCUCGCACCGGGAUCCACGCGCCACGCGGACGCUAACCUAACCUAGAAACGGGAGACCGCCGCCGAAUCGCCUCGAUCCCGUGCGCGCUUCCGCGUGAACGUGUCGGAAACGCGAGGUUAGUACGGUGGUGCGGUGGUCAGGUGUCGCGAGGAAGAUAGAAGAUAGAAGAUAGACGACCAACUGAAAAAUAAUGGACCUCGCCGCGGUGAUCGGCUCGCUCUUCCUCGGGGCGCUCGUCCUCGGGCUGGCCUGUCUCCUCGGCGCGCGCCACCGGCAAGGAAAGCGCUCAACGGAUAACAAUGAGCAGAGUAAGCCCGCGCAGCCGGUCGACGCGAGCGCCACAGUAACGAGUCACGGGCAGAGCGGGAAGCGCGCGAAAAACAAGAAACGCCGCGAGGUCCAGCAAGAGUUCACCCACUCGUGGAUGGUAUCGACUCUGAAGGGACACACAGGUCCAGUCCUCGACAUGGAUUUCUCGAGCAACGGGAAAUACCUCGCCACCUGCGCCGAAGAUGGCGUCCCGAUCCAUGAUGAAGAUCCGGACCUAUACCCGGACCCGGGCGAGGCGAGCAGCCUGGAGUACGCGGAGAAGAAGGAGGAGGGGCCGCCAGGAGUCUCGUCGCCGAGAGGAGAGGAUCGGGCGAUCCUGAGCAGGAGGCAGCGGAAGAACCGGACGCGGACCCCGCGGGAUCAGCAGCGUCGCCAGGAGGACGAUGACGCCCCCAGGAGGCGCCGCCACCGACUGCGGGGGAGCCCCUGCGCGGCGGAGCAGGGUAGCGCGGUGGAGGAGCGGGAGCAGCGGUCCCCGCGGGGGGGGAACCCCUGCCCGACCAAUCAGAACCCGCCGUGCGUCGAGCGGGGGGCGGGGCCUGAGACGCAGGCCGUGGGGUCCUACGCGCACGUGGUCCAGGGCCUCAGUGGUGGGGAGGCCGCCUGCCAGGGCUGGUGCAGCAGGGAGCGCGCUGCCCUCGGCCACCUAGGCGACGGCGCCCUCGAGCAUCUGCUCCGUGGGUACACCCUGACCUCGGAUCAGCUCGCCGACAUGGGAUUCCCCGUCGAGUGCAACUACUAUCUCGGCUACGACGCCGUCUUCAUCAAAUAUCACGGAUACCCCCCGUCCCACCGGCCGAGGGAGAAGCAUCUGCUGGACGCGAACGCCCAGGAGUUCGUUCCUGGACAAGUGAUAGCGGUAUCGCGCAGCGACAGCGGCAACUGCAGCGAGAACUUCGACCUGGAGCAGGAGAGCUCCUCGGAGAGCGACAAGGGCUCGGAUGUCGGAGAGUCGUCUUGCUCUUCCGAGUCUUCCGGGUCUUCUUCGGGGUCAUCCUCGGGGUCCUCUUCGGGGUCUUCCUCGGGCUCGUCUUCAGGGUUCUCUUCGGGGUACUCUUCCGGGUACUCCGAGACGUCCACUACGGGCACGGAGUGGGACUACGUCGAGAGGCGGUGCACCAGGUGCUCCAAGGGGUUCUACGUAUCGCGGUACGACGGGGAGUACCUCUGCGAGGAGCAGUGCUGCUAUCACUGGGGCAAGUUCAACCCCGCCGGGUUCUGGGAGUGCUGCCAGUCGAGGGACCAGUUCUCCCGCGGGUGCACCCAGGCUAGGAUGCACGUCUGGAUAGGCGUCGAGGAGGGCGUUAAUGGACCUUACCAUGACUUCGUCCGCACGAUGCCAGCGACCAGGCCGCCGGUUAACGGGCACUAUGGGAUCUACGCCCUGGACUGCGAGAUGGUCUUCACGAGGCGCGGCCUCGAGGUCGCCAAGGUCACCGUGGUCGACGCCGACGGCCGAGUCGUCUACGACACGUUCGUCAAGCCCGACGUCGAGGUCAUCGACUAUAAUACCAGGUUCAGCGGCAUCACGCCAAGAGACCUCGCCUACGCCACCAAGACUCUCCGGGAAGUCCAGAGCGACCUGCUCAGCUUCAUCAGCUCCGAGACCCUCCUUGUCGGCCAUGGCCUCGACAACGACCUCAGGGCCCUCAAGAUCCUCCACAGCAACGUCGUCGACACCUGCAUCUCCUUCCCCCACGUCCGGGGACACCCCUUCAGGUCCAGGCUUAAGAUCCUGGCGCGCGACAUCCUCGGCAGGGAGAUCCAGACCCGGGAGCACGACUCCGUUGAGGAUGCCCGCGCUGCCCUCGACCUCAUUCUCAAGAAGCUCAAGGAGGAUCUCAUCUGGGCCGCCACCGAGGACGUCUUCGAGCCCUUGAGGAUCUCGACCUUGUCCUAGGGUACCUCAGGGUCGACCUCAACCUCGCGUUUACCUGGGUCCAGCGGUAUCUCCGUUGGAAAGCCACGUGGGGCGGGUCUUCCUAGCCAGGAGGACCUCGACCUCGGCCUUGAGAUCAGGGUGGUCCUCGACCUCGUUUUAGGAUGAACUAAGCAGGAUCUCUGAGGAAAGUUACGUGGGAGGGCGUUCCGAGCCAGGAAGUCUUCGACCUCGACCUCGUGUUCGGCUGACUUAAGCAGGAUUUCCAUUGGAAAUCUCAAAUAGGUCUUCCGUCCUGCGAAAACCUCGAUCUUUACGGGGAGGAAGAUCUUGAAAUAAACUCCCCCUAGAACUUGACGAGGUCUCGAACUCUUCCGGAUACACCGAAGAGACUUCGACCUCACCUUACCAGAGGCUCAAGAACCUUUCCAAGGAUCCCGUCGAUGGAUUUCGUGCCGAGGCCAAUCUUGACCUCACCAAGCCGAAGAGGCCUUUCCCACCGAUCGCCGGAUCCAGCCUACAGAGACCUCGACCUCAAGUUCGGGGAAACUCAUCGCGAGGUCUCCUCAGCGACCUCACCUCCGGAAAGCCACUCGAGGUCGCCGACAUGGAAGAUAUUGGCCUCGACCUCUUCAACCUUCGGUGUUCCCGACCUCCACCCGAGAUCCACGGCAGCCUUGGAGAGGUCGACGCCGUGGAGACGGUGAAGAAACGCAAAAGAAAAAAAUAACCGAGGACUCGCAAAGGAAAGGUACAUUUACUUUUUUUUUUUCCCGAUGCGACCUCGACCUCAACCUCGGGCUUCCGGGGGAGAGGAAACGCCGCAGCUCCGCUAGUGUUCAGUUCCAAGUGAUGUCUGUGAUACGAGUAUAUCCGUUAACUCUCUCUACCUAUCUCUCUAUGUAACACCCUGUAAUCAGCGGUAAUCGACCUUAAUAACUGUUAUCGAUCAAGCGGUUAUCGCCGUUGAGGUCGAUUAUCGACGAUACAGUUCGUAUUCGGAGUGUACACGCGCUGUUUCGGCUAUUCGGGGAUCGCGGAGCUUCCCUGGAAACCGCGACGUCUACGAUCUAUGUUAUUGACGUCACGUUACUGAGGGUGAUGUGCAAUUCCUUCUUUACCGACGAGGGGAGAAAUGCUUCCAGGAGACUGGAAAACGAAUCGGAAUGAAGUUUCGUUUUGUGGAGGGAUCGGCUUUUGGAGAUUCAAUGCAUACGAUGACCGGUAAGGAAGGUCGCGACAUUGUUGGGAUUAUUUGACGCAGCGGUUUUCCGGGGUCGUCCGCGAUCGCCGGUCUCUCAUUUUUCACGGAUUUUCACCGAGUUCUCAUGAACUCUUUCACCAAAUGUCACCGACACGCCAUUUCGCUUCGCCUCGCCCCACACCUCUCGCCGUUGUACAAAAUGUACAUAUCGUCGAUACGUAUUAGCCGUGAGUACGUAUCGCUAUUUGCGUCGGUUUUUUACCCGCGUCGCUUAAUAUCGAGGUGUACAACGCGCAUGAUUUUUUUUUUAUUUUAAGUUUCGAAGCUCAACGCAACGUACAGUCGUGCGCGAUAAACCCCGCGACACGGUACAGUCGCGCACAAUGAGACCCGCGAGAUCGUACACCGAUGGACGUGAGUGUUUUACCUGCGAAUUAUGCGGAGAGAAGAUACUUAUGUCCGUCGGUGUACUAUUCCCGCAUUAAGACUGGCGAAAUUGUACAGUUACACCCGUUGACCCUCGUGAAAUAGUACAAUCCGUGCGUGUGCCACGCAAAGUGGUACAGUUGCCUACGUUAAUGUUAGCGAAUUCGUACAGUCGCAUUCGUUAACGCUCACGGGAUGGUACAGUCGCGCGUAUCGACACAUUGUUCACCGGCAAUUUCGUACAAAGAUGACCGCGUAAUUCCAUGUGCGUAAGAAACCUCGCAAAGUCAUGCAAUCUAGCGCAAUAAACCUCGCAAGAUGGUACAGUUACGCAUGUUAGUACCUGCGAAACUGUACAGUCGCGUACGAUGAGACUCAUGAGACUGUAUAGCUCGCGCACAGUGAACCUCGUGAGAUGAUAACCUAGCAAAACUGUACAAACGUGCGGAAAACUCGUGCGACUGUACAGUAGCGCACAAUAAAUCUCGCGGGGCUGUACAGCCGCGCGCGUUAAUGUUCGCGAUACCGCGCCACGUCGAUCCCGUCAUUUUUUACUCCAUUCUAUAUUUUUUUCUCUCGUACCGAUUAGUCGGUAGACGCGAAACGCCCAUUUUUCAGCUCUUGUAAAUAAGCCAUAACCGUAUUUAUUCUCGAGCGCAUCUUAUGAGGGGAAAAAGAAGAGACGACGAUCUCGCCGUUUUUCAAAUCUCGCGGACGCCAUUUUUAAUUCACUGGUUCGGGCUCAUAUCUCACUUUUACAGUUAAAAAAAAAAUUAACAUUGAAAGUGUGGUACGAGUGCGAGCCACAAGCUCGUCGUGAAUUCGAAUAUCCGAGAGCACGAGUCCGUGAAAAUGAAUUAAUUUAUUAAUUAAUUACUCGCAGGAAGAUAAGGACACGAUCGAUCCUCUUCUUUUCUUCUUUUUCUUCCCCCCCUUUUUUUAAUUAUUUUUUCUCUCUUCCUCUUAUUUUUAACAUUUGACGGAUCCAUCAUUGCGCGCGGACUCCGAAUCGACGUUCGAAUCUCACUCUUAGGUUAUGAAAAAUUAGGUUAGGAUUUACUAGUAAUGAUUAAUUAAGGACUAAAGAUAAGGAGUAAGGAAUAAGAGGGCAGCUCUGUCGUGGACGAAUGACGCAGAAAUGUCGAAAAUUGGAGCGAAAGAGAUACUUAAUCCUCCUUCUUUUUUUUUUUUUUUUUUCUCCAAAUGCGGUUCGCCUUGUCGCGGGUCAGGGAUGAGAAAUUAAUUGCUGGGGCGAGAAAUUAGAAGGUAAUAAAUACGCGUAUUCAAUUUCUUUUUACGAAUUCGAGAAGCGCCAAGGUAAUAAGUAACGCAAAUGUUGCGUAAUAAGUGCACGAAGAGUAACUAUUGCACGUAUUCAAGUUUUACGCAAUCCGUAUUUCAACUUUAGCAAUUUCAAGUCAUUUUGGGAAAUUAUUUUGAACGAAUAAUUGCAAUAAUAAAUGACACGAAUUGGAACGAUGAAUAACAAAUAAUAAUGGAUAUUAAACGCAAAUUAAUGCUUCGAGUAGGAAUGCAUUCACGAUUUUGCAAAUAGGAAUUCCAAAUAAACAUUUGGAAUGACCAUGAAGUUGCAUAAAAGGUUUUGCAACGAAAUUCGCAAAGGGUAUUGCAAAAGAGAAAUACUUGGGGGGUCAAAGUAUUGCCAUCCUUUUUUGCGAAUUUAAAGUUCGCCUAGGAUAUUGCAAAAACAUAAAGUAGAUAAAACAUCGAUUAAUUCGCAACGAAAUCAUUGCAAUUUUCAUUAAUUAUUGCAAUUCAGCAUAAUUGCGUAAAUAAUUUUUUUCGCGCACUUUUGCAAAGGAACAAUCAGCUCAGGGCCCUGACCUGCGAUAAGGAACGAAAAUGACAAAGAAGAAGAAAAAAAUUGACGCCAUAAUGAUGGAGCGAUGACGAAACGAAUAUAAAUGCGAAUUUUUUAGCGAUUCGCCAGAGUACGAGGCAGAAUUAAUACCCGAUGGCUGAUUCAUUCAAGAAAACCGGACAUGGAGGGUUCUGGACGACCUCAGAAAAAGAAUAUAAAGAAGGGGGGCAGAAAUUCUCCCGAAAUCGCGGAAAGUUUCUGCCCGUCACCUGCGAGGCUAAUUCUUUUUUUUUUUUUUCUUUCUGCACGACGACUGGCAAUGUCGAUUCGGAUUUUAGUCGCCGAGGAAGCGGCUGAAAUAAACGUCCAAGUUAAUUAAUUAAUUCGGGGCACGUAUGGUGCCCGGCGAGAAACUCGACAUGCCUUAACUAUUAACCAAGUCUACUCGAUACGUGAACGCGAAGCAAUAUAACCACCGGAUUAUUAAACAGCAAUCUUUUUUACAAGGUUAAAGGAUUACAGAAUUCGCUUUGCGAAAAAAUCAGUGCGAUUGGAGUAAUGUUAACUCGAUUGGUAGUAAUUAUCAAUACGUGAAUGCGAAGCAAUAUAACCGCGAAAUUAUUAAACAGCAAUCUUUUUUACAAGGUUAAAGAAUUACAGAAUUCGCUUGACGAAAAAAUCAGCGCGGUUAAAAUAAUGUUAACUCGAUUGGUAGUAAUUAUUAAUACGUGAAUGCGAAGCAAUAUAAUUACCAGAUUAUUAAACAGCCAUUUUUCUUUGCAAGGUUAAGAAAUUCCGGAAAAUCAGGGCGAUUAAAAUAAUAUUAACUCGAUUGGUAGUAAUUAUCAAUACGUGAAUAUAAAGCAAUAUAAUCAUCAGGCUAUUUAAUAGCGAUUUCUUUACAAGGUUAAAUAAUUACAAUACUUUUUGUUGAAAUUCGUUGCUAAUGAAAUUACAUUAAUUGUAAUAUUCGUAAUCAUCAUGACGUAAAUGCGAAGCAAUACUCACAAUUGCAAGAAAUAUUGGCCAGGAAUGAUAAAAAUCGUGGUUAUAAUUAAAUCAAUAGUUCAUAUAAUAAUUCGAAGAUUCAAUUUGCAAAGAAUCAUUGUCGCAAUUAAAAUGAAAUUCAAUCGGAUGCACAUAAUCAUCGCAACACUAAGCAAUAUAAAUGAUCGAACUAGUGUAUAAAAUAAUGGGAUACAAAUAGCGGUUUAUUUAACAAAAUCGGAUAAUUGCAAAACUGUCUUGCAAAAAAUCAUUGCCGUUUGUAAUAUAAUAUUGAUUCGAAUUCUCAUAAUAAUACAACAUGCACUUAAGGCAAUAUGUUCAUUGGAAUAAUUGAGUAUGAUAUAAGCACUGCUUUUUUAUGCAUUGUAUAAUUAUAAAAAGAAGCAAAAUCAUCGAAAGCAAUUUGUUCUCGCGCCGGAAAAAAAAAAGAACACAGUUUCCAUAAUUUCGUACAAAAUUGGAAUGAAAUGUCUCACAUCGUUUAUCAGACAAUUCUGAUAAUUCUGUCCGAUAAUUCUUUGCAUUAUUAUACGAUCGUGACAUAGUUUAUUCCUCGCUGUCGAAAUUCCAAAAUUUAUCAAAGGGUAAACAAAGCAAUAUACUCGGUUAAUAGCGACUUUUUUUACGACGUCGGAUCAUUGUUAAACAUCGUCUCGUGGGGAAUCAUUAUCGCUACCGCGAUAAGAUUAAACAAUGUCAGAGAUGACACGCCCGAGCGAGAGAAAAGAAUUACAUUCUAAUAAUCUGACAAUGACUUUUAAGGAAGUGAAAUCGGAUAAAAAGAGGAACUGUCGCUGUGAAUGUUUUUUGCAUCGGAAUCGUGAGGGAGAAAAGGGAAAUUUUUGUUAAUGUCAAAGUCAUGGAUAAAUGCGCACAACGAGCCAACAAACGUCUGUCCGUGCUCGUCAUUUUGGCCAAUGUUAAAGUUCUGAAUAAAGUCGCACAAAGGUUGGACGUUUAUCGAUGCUCGCAUUAUUUAAUCAGGAAGUUAUGUUUGUAAAAGAAGAAAAAAAAACGGCGAAGGGGGCAAUUUUCGUCGGCGUCGGCCGGCAGAUUUAAGGGCGUGCGAAUAGCGUGUUGGAAACUAGGCUAUUUUCUUAUUGUAAAAUGCGAAAAAAAAACGAGGCGAAAGUAGGAUUAAGAGGCGACGAUAAGAGGAGGAGGAGAGGUCCAGGACAGCCCGAGAAAUCGUGGCAGGUCGACUCGAACCUCUUUCGGAAAUGGAGGAGGAAAGCGAUGUUAAUACAUUUUUUUACGUAAUACAAUCCACUCGAUUUUUCAAUUACAUCCCCUCCAUGCAUC